GGAUAUGAAAGAGGAGAUGGCUCGUUUAACGGAGGAGAACAAUUAUUUCCGUGAAAGAUACUUACACACCAGCAAUCCCUUACCUCCACCUCCACAGCUGGUGCCCAUGGACCACCUUGAUUCCAUGAUGAACGAUGCGUCCGGUCCAGGUCGGACGCAAACCUUGUCGCCAAUCCCAGAAUCACAGGAAGACCCCCGAGCACAUCGUCUCCGCCGCCCUGUCAUGAGACCCGGAGCACCACCCCCCAUGAAGGUUAUCCCUCCGCAUCUGCAAAAUCCUGCUCAGAUCUGGAAGUAUGCCAAUCCAAAGCCCACCUCUGCUCCAAAUCCGCCUGAACUGGAGCAGUUGGAGGUCUUGAAUAUUCGUGCUGGCCCAAGCUCAACGAGCGAGUUGCGCUCUGAUGACGCAAGACACGCUACACAUGGUCCCUCAGUCUCAUCCGAGAGCCUGGAACGAGUUCAGACUCGAGCCGCAUAUCCGAGCAAUUAUCGCCCGGAGCACACGGAUGGGUACGGUCAUGAUGUGCAUGGGCUUGAGCUAGAAGGCAUACUUCCUAAUGACAGCCAGCCGUCUGCAUCGAGACAUAUGUCGUUAACCCAGCACAAUACAGGUGAAGAGCAGCAUGAGGCAAGUGCACUGGCGUUCGAUCCUGGACUUAAUCGAGGAUAUCAGAUCACCCCGAGACCUGGUACUUCGGGACUUCCAGAGCCUUCAAACGAACAGGCUUAUGUUGGCGAGAGGGGGCAGAUGGAAGCAGAUCCAGAGCUUGGUGUACAGUUAGCUGUUUUCGCUCUUCCCUUAGAACGUGAUGGUUCUCCCUCUACCACACCUCGCUCGCCUUUCCGCCAGUUGAUGGCUGGCAACGCGUCAGCGUCAAGUAGUUUGAGCGACUUACCCUUAGGUAUCACAGGCCCCGGCCUAUCUUCGAGUUCUCGAUCUCAACACUCUACGGUCGCCCAAGCCCCAUCAAGUGGUCCAACUAUGGCUGCUCAGCAGAUGUAUUCAGUACCAUCUGCUGCCUCUUCAUCCAACUCGUGGGGUACAGUUCAUCAUUCCAGGCAAUCCAGCUUUGCGAGCCUACACCUGGCGCGAUUCCCUGAACCAGCAGAGGACUCUCAACCGCCAUCCGCUAACCCUAGUGUACAUGAUCUCGGACGAUUGCCCAUUUUUCCGAACACACAGCCUGCCGCGGCGUCGACAUCUAAUAGGGACGAAUCCCCACCCGCUCCAAUGGAGAGUUCACAGUCGUCAUCACAGGCAGAACAUCCACCUCACAAUGUGGCUUCCGCAGGUGGUGCGAGGGACUCGCGACAGGAAAGGUCGCGUGUCUCUCUCCCAUUGGAUGAUCGCGCGCCGUCCAAUGCAUACCCAAGGGGGCCGCGUCCCUCUGGCGCUUUCAGGACCACAAGUUCUCUAAAUCUUGGUCUGACAAGCCUCACAGGCAAUCUGCAAAGUAGCCUGCCACAGCUGUUGAACGGACAGGGAAGCUUUUCUAGCUUGUCCAGCUUGGUCAGUGUCAACGAAUCGGUCGGGUUUGGGGGCAAUUUUGGACGCAGCGGGAGCCCUGCAGAAGAAAGGCGUACAAGCGUCCCGACGCGUGCUCAAACCGCGAGACCGGAGUCAGCAAGGCUCCAACCUGCUUCAUCCAGUCUUGAAGACGUACGCACAAGUAGACGGACGGGUUCUGACCAGGGUUACGUUAGCGAGGCCACGUCGAAGUCCUCAAGCCAGCCAUCCUUGCCCUCGUCUAGUCAAGCUGAACGUCCUCGGCAAGCCCGACAUAUUUCUAUGCCUGCCACACCAGCCAAUUAUGACCCGCAUUCUGGCGUUGGACGACGGUCAGGUGUCCCGCUGUAUGCUUCCCCAAAUCAUUCCACCAGUCAUACAGCUAUUGGCUCUAAUAGCAACCAUACUUCGUCCUCAUCAUCUCAGGACCGCCUACAGACCUCAACUGAUUCACGAAAUCCAGGGACAAGUUCUCAAACGCCUCCAGAGGAACCUUUAGCUCGUGAACAGCCCCGCCAGCGUCGACACUCUACUCGAAAUGUCAGCACACCGGCAGUGUUUUCCAGGGCACAGUCCUCAUCUCAAACUCCACAUCCUGGUUCGAGUUCUUCUUCCCUCAUUCGAAGUCAUACUGUCUCGGUCACACCUCAGGCUCUUCCACGAUCUUCUACUACAAGUCUAGGGAAUACUUCUUACCUCGCUCCACUGGGCGGCGGUCUGAUGCUAACUAUGGAACCUCCGUCGACCUCUUCAGCGGCCACUGCUGACGGACAACCUGACUCUUCCAUUCACGCUCCACGUCCCGUAAAUAAUAGGCGUUCCGGACUCUUCGGGCUACUUGGGCCUAGAUCUGCACGCUGAACCAACGCAACGAUAUUUGCCAUAUAUGCUUUCUCCUGCUUGCAUCUUGCUCUCGUCGCUCACCAACGUUCGGUAUAGAAACAAUGAUUUAGUACCCCUCGUCACCCAUAUACCGUCCAUGUGUCUUUAUUGUCGUAUACAUAUUGUACCCUUCUGUGUCACCCAUCCUUUUCAUCUCUGUGCGUUCUGUACCCUUUUAGAUGUACAGUAAAGAAUAGGUGUAAUAUAUUCCGUCACAUUAUCGAUAGCGUCAGAAACUC